AUGCAAGCAGUGGACCAGGCUAGCCGUGGGCCUUGGGGUUCCCUCACUAUCUUGUGGGGCGCUGUUAGGGGACCGAGGAUGGACACGUGGACCUUGACCGGCGCAUUCAUUACCAUUCUCGCCUUGGCCAUUGAUCCCUUUACCCAGCAGAUCCUGUCCUUCCCGUCUCGCUCCGUAGUGACCAGACUUGAAACAGCAUUCAUCCAGACGGCCAAUGCAUAUGUGUCCGGACCAACGAGUGACAGCAAGAUCGACAUCAUUGAAGUCAGUGCACUUGAUCCAAAUAUUAUAUCAGCCGUUGUCAGCGGGAUAGCGCAAACAAACAGCGCCCUGGAGCCGCGAUGCACCUCGGGCGACUGCAGAUUCCCUGAAUUUGUCACCCUGGGGGUCUGCAGCACGUGUGAUGACAUGACUGCACAAGCCGUCCAGACUUGUCACGUACCGACUGACAAUCCCUAUGCCAGUGGUCCGUUCAACGUGACACCACUUAGCUGUACUUACUCAUUCCCCAGCGGUCUGAAUCUCAGUAUCCCCUGGGCAGCUGCCGCUCAGAACGGGAUGUUCAAUAAUGAGUCGGCCACAUUCGGCAUGAUGUAUUGGGAUAUAAUUCCGCAGAGCGUCACAUGA